AAUUGGUUCAUCUUCAUGGUACUCUACAAUAUUUUUAGUAAACUAAUUUUCCAGCCAUCUGUUGUGGACAAACUGUUUGUGCUGGACGUAUCACCUUUAAGUAUUUCAAAGGAUAUAUCAACUCUGCCACGAUUUUUAGAAAUUAUGCAAAGAAUAGAGGUACCGAUGCACCUUACUAUGCAGGAAGCACGAAAAUACACUGAUGAAAUUCUGAGGCCUGCUGUUCCAGACCCAAGCAUCCGUCAGUUUUUACUCACCAAUCUUAAUAAUACAGAAGAAGGAUACAAAUGGCGGCUUAAUAUUGAAGCUAUUGCAAAUAAUUUUAAUCCAUUCAUAUCUACCUUCCCAAUAUUAGAUGAAUAUGAAAGGUACGAGGGAGAAACAGCCUUCAUUGGAGGUGAAUUAUCAGAUUAUCUGAGGAGAGAAGAUGAAGAGGCCAUCCAAGAGCUCUUUCCUCACUCCUCCUUCCACUAUAUAGAAAGAGCAGGACACUGGGUACAUGCUGAUAAACCAAAUGAAUUUUUAAAGUUAUUUUUUAGUCUUCUUGACUAGGUUAUUUAUUAAUUUUGUAUUUUAAAUAUGUAAAGUUGUCACAGUACAGAAAACGUAUAAUCAAGGCAGGGCAAAUGUGUGAUUUUGUAAAAAUGUAAUGUAUAUAUACUGAGUAUUUAUUUGAUCCAUACAUGAUAUGGAUAAUCUUAUAGUUGCCGUAGCAUUUCUGGUGUAUUGCCACAAUCUUGCCAUACAAGUCUACUCCCAGAAAUUAGGUAUCUAGAUGCUGCUCAACCUGCCUGCUGCACAGAUAAGAAACACACACUCCGUAUAUGGUUGUAAAUGUCGAGAGAAAGCCACGUUACAUAUGUACAUGCAUUCAUUGUUUACCUCAGUGACAAUUUUCUUUUUACUGGGGGGGGGGGGGGUAGAGUGAAUACUAUAUGUACUGUGUAUACAUAUAUAUAUAUUUUUAUUUUCAUACAAAAGUUAAAAAAUUACAUUUUUUUUGCAUCCUAAAUUUGCACAGUAUAACUAUAUACUACAGUAUUACACAAAAAGUUUGUUGUUAAUCAUUUUACUUUGAGCAAAAUACAGUGUUUAAGACGAUGAAUGUUUUCAAAUUAUUUUCUUCUGUGAAAGUAGCAGUAAUUACUCCAAUAAAUAUUACGCAAUACAAUUUAUUGUUUUGGUUAAUAGUGAUUUUGUAUAUAUUAACAAUCAACAUUUAAGAAAUAAUUGUUUAUAUUUUUAACCUUCACUAAGUCUGCCAAUCAA